AUGACCGCAAUCCUCAAGCACGUCGUCUUUUUCAUCAACUUGAUCCUCCUAUUCCUCACAGCAGCGCCUACCAAUGCAUUGAAGAACUUCGAUGAUUGGGAACAUCAAAGAGUAGCUCUGAAUGAUGUGAGUAUUCACUUCAGAUACGCCGGCAGCGGUCCUCCUUUGUUGCUUGUGCACGGCAACCCGCAGUUCAGCCUAACUUGGCGUAUCAUCGGUCCCAUCCUGGCGGAGAACUUUACGGUCAUUGCCCCAGAUAAUCGUGGUGCAGGCGACUCGUCACUACCACCAGAUGGCAACUACUCCGCCACAGCCUCUGCGGAAGACCUUAAGGGCAUCCUAGACUUCUUGAACAUCACGUCGACCUAUGUCUUCUCACAUGACAAAGGUGUAGGGAUGACUUAUGCACUAGCCGCCAAGUAUCCUUCCCUAGUCAAAAUGAUGGGCAUCUCAGAGUAUGGGCUACCUGGAUUUGGCUAUGAGCAGGUUGCCGCUCUCGCACCAUACUGGGACUUGUACGCCAACUGGCAGCUGUCAUUCUUCGCAAUUCCCGAUGCGGCCGAGUUCUUUAUCCGAGGACGUGAGCGCGAGAUGUUGCAGUGGUACUUCUUCCAUGGUAGUUACUCUGGGCCAACUGCCUUCUCUGAGGACGUAGUGAGCCGCUAUGCGACAUCCAUCUCAAAGCCGGGCUUUCUGCGCGCCAUGUUUGGCCCUUUCGAUAACCGGGCAAUAACCGCAGAUGCAGACUUUUUCAAGGGAACUCUUGGACGGAAUCCCCUCCAAAUGCCUGUACUUGCCCUUGGAGGCGAAGCAAGCUUUGGAGCUGCGAUCGGGCCAGUCUUCCAGAACGUGACUGAGAAUAUGGAAACGGACGUGGUCCCGAAAGCAGGGCAUUGGAUUGCCGACGAGAAUCCUACAUGGGUGGCAAGGCGCGUCUUCAAGUUCCUUGCACAAGACAAGUCCCCGCUUCCACAUGUCGACCUUUCCUACCUCAAGGACAAAGUGACAUUGACAGUUGGAUACUUUGGAACUCUGGGCAAUGCAGCUCUGGGUGGUGCUUAA